AUGCACAUUUUAAGUUUCACUCUUUGUAUAUCUGUCUGGGAUGAGUUGACGCGAUGUCAGUCGGUCUCCACACAACCAGAACUAUGCUGUCAGCUGUUGUUCAAUGUACGUCCCUGUCCCAAACGGUUCCUUGUGUACUACUUGGGGCCAGGGGCCCCAUUUGGGUUAACUAUAAGGAAUAGGCCAGGGGCCCCAUUUGGGUUAACUAUAAGGAAUAGGCCAGGGGCCCCAUUUGGGUUAACUAUAAGGAGUAGGCCAGGGGCCCCAUUUGGGUUAACUAUGAGGAGUAGGCCAGGGGCCCCAUUUGGGUUAACUAUGAGGAGUAGACCAGGGGCCCCAUUUGGGUUAACUAUAAGGAGUAGACCAGGGUGCUACUUGGGACUCAUAUUUUAUAAAAGAGGUUAUGAACUUGUUACAUGUAUUAAUCUGCCCCAUCUGUCUGACAUCACUUCCUUUUUUUAUUUUUUAUUUUUAAAGAGAAAUAUCUAUUGUGAUGUCAGCGAGGCGGCAGCCCACCAGGUAGUGACUGACUGUUCUACUGAACCCAACAGAACAGAGGCAGCAGCCCACCAGGUAGUGACUGACUGUUCUACUGAACCCAACAGAACAGAGGCAGCAGCCCACCAGGUAGUGACUGACUGUUCUACUGAACCCAACAGAACAGAGGCGGCAGCCCACCAGGUAGUGACUGGCUGUUCUACUGAACCCAACAGAACAGAGGCAGCAGCCCACCAGGUAGUGACUGACUGUUCUACUGAACCCAACAGAACAGAGGCGGCAGCCCACCAGGUAGUGACUGACUGUUCUACUGAACCCAACAGAACAGAGGCGGCAGCCCACCAGGUAGUGACUGACUGUUCUACUGAACCCAACAGAACAGAGGCGGCAGCCCACCAGGUAGUGACUGGCUGUUCUACUGAACCCAACAGAACAGAGGCAGCAGCCCACCAGGUAGUGACUGACUGUUCUACUGAACCCAACAGAACAGAGGCAGCAGCCCACCAGGUAGUGACUGACUGUUCUACUGAACCCAACAGAACAGUGGCAGCAGGUGUAAUGUAUUAUUCACAUGGGGUUUUUCUAUUUGGCUCCUGUAAAUAUGUGACGAGUUCGAAUGGCUUAUUAUUUACUGGGUGUUUUGAAACGGGUUUGUAUAUCAGCAAGUUCUUGGUGUAAAAUCAUAAAAACACAUGUUAUUAAACUGGUAUAAGUCGG